UUCCCAUUUCUAUGCUUUUUCCUUUCCUACACCCACUCUUCUUCAAUUCUUCAUUAGGGUUACCCAAAAGCUUCUAACUUUCUGUUUGGAAGCAGAGAAAAUUUCACGACUUGGAGGAGAAACAAAAGAGAGAGCAGCUGCUGUUAGUUAUGCUUGAGUAAUGGACACUGCGAAUCAGCAGAGGCUGCAAGCAAGAACCUUUGAUGAUGAUGAUGAUGAUGAAGCCCAACCGCAGCAACAACAGCAACAAAAAACUGUGCUUGUUCCCAUGCAGGUGAAUGGUGCGUUGAACCCUUUUGAUGGAGGUUCUCACGAGGUGGAAGAAGCUUUCGUGAGUUCUGGGUUGUCUUCUACUGCUACUUCUGUUCAGCCAAGAACCAGUGAGCUCACCAUUGCAUUUGAAGGCGAGGUUUAUGUUUUCCCAGCGGUUACCCCAGAAAAGGUGCAGGCUGUAUUGUUACUCUUGGGAGCCCAGGAGAUGCCCAGGAUUGCUGCCAGCUCUGAUUCUUCGUUGCAGCAGAAUUGUCAGCAGAUUAUGGGAAUAAAUGAUGCUUCCCGCGGUUCAAAGGUUUCACGAAGAAUUGAAUCACUUGUAAGGUUCCGUGAAAAGCGAAAAGACCGAUGCUUUGAGAAAAAAAUCCGGUACACUUGCCGUAAAGAGGUUGCCCAGAGGAUGCAUCGUAAGAAUGGACAGUUUGCGUCACUGAAGGAAGGCUACAAAUCUCCCGCUGAAAAUUUCGAUUCAAGCAAUGGUGGAGGUGAUACUUAUUCACAGUCUAUUGAACGUAGAUGUCAGCAUUGUGGAACUGGUGAGAAGUCAACUCCGGCUAUGCGUCGAGGACCCUCUGGUCCAAGAUCUCUGUGCAACGCCUGUGGUCUUAUGUGGGCAAAUAAGGGAACUCUGAGAGAUCUCAGCAAAGCAUCAAGAAUCACCUUUGAACAAAAUGGACAGGAUACAUCAGCUGAUAUAAAACCUUCACCAACAGAACCAGAGAACUCUUCUCCUGACCAGAACGAGGAUAUCUGCCUAGAGGAAGCCAAACCUGUGCCAAUAGAUUCGAGACAGUCACCUGAGAGGAACAAUGAUCAGUAUACAGUUGAUACUGCGGAAGCAGUUACCAACGAUUCAUCUAUCCAAAUGGAGAAUAAUGCUCUCAGCAUACAUCAAGAGGAUAAUAAGCUUGAAGAUUUUGCCGACGCUUCUGGGACAGAAUUUGAUAUUCCUGCCUGUUUUGAUGAGCAGGUUGACAUUGACAUUGAUGAUUCCAACAUGAGGACUUACUGGCUAUGAGAGUUGCCAAUUAUCCACACAUGCAUUUUCUGUGAUACAACCUAAUACGCUAUGCUGCUUCAACUAACAUACGACUUCUGGGAUGGUUUGUGUUUUAUAGACAAAUUAUUUCUGGAAGCAAUGUGAAUUAUGACUGUAGAAUUAGAUUUUUAGGUUCUCUCUCUCUUUCUCUCUCAUUUCUGUAUAUCCUAUCAAUACUGGAUUCGAUUUAUAUAUUGUGAAUAGUUCCGUUUUUGCC